GCCAAUCUCUUCAACUUCGUCCCUGAAUGCCAAGUGAACAACGUGGUCUAGCGCAGAUCCGAUCUUAACAAGAUGGGGACAUUCGCGAUCGAUUCGAUUGCCACGAGGCUUCUUGCAGUCCCAACAAAAAUAUGGCCCUUUCUCCUCAUUACUAUUGCCGUGUCCGCGGCAAAAUUGCUCUUUGAGGCUUUUCUGAAGCACGAUCCCAUUUCCGAGAUUCCACUUGUUGACGGUGACAUAAAGGACGAGGCCACGAGGCGCAUGAAGUUUGCAAAGGGGGCCAAACAUGUGUACCGGGAAGGGUACCGCAAAUUCAGGAAUGGGCUGUUCCGAGUCUCUUCGCCGAGAGAAUCCCCGGUCGUAGUUGUUUCGCCUCACUUCCUGAAGGAAUUGAACGCUCUGCCUGACGACCAUGUCAGCUUCCACGGGGCUCUAAAAGAAAAAAUGCAAUCGCGAUUUACCCACAUUACAGUGGACAUUCCUGUUGUCCCACAUAUUGUGAGGAACGAGCUCACCCCAGCGUUGAGCCGUCUCAAUCCCAUCAUCGCCGAAGAAGUGGCGACGGCUUUCCGAGACGAACUCCCCGCUUGCAAAGACUUCACUAGAGUUCCAAUCAAUCGUACUCUCUGGAGGAUUGUUGCCAAGGUUUCCGGCCGCUUUUUCGCCGGCGCGGAGCUCGCCCGGACAGAAGAAUACAUGGAUAUGAGCAUCAACUACACGCUGGAAAUCGCGGGCGCCGUGAAAGGUAUCGCUGCGAUCAAGCCAGAUGAGAGGGAGACCAAGGCCCCAAGUCUCCCCCAGCUUCUACAGCUACAGAAUCGCCGGAAGCGGACCCUCGAAUUCAUUCGCCCACUGAUCGCUGCCCGCAAGAAGGCGAUGGCGGAGGAUAUAGAUUACCAGCCGCCCGAUGACAUGAUGCAGUGGAUCCUCAACAGCGAGGCCAAAUACGGCAACCUCUCUGUCGAGGACCUCGCAGAGAUUCAGCUCUUCCUGAUUUUCGCCGCCAUCCACACCACCACCAUGACAACGAUCAAUACUUUCUACACGCUCGCCGCGAUGCCUGACAUAGUCCCCGAGCUCCGCGACGAGAUCCGCGCCGUGCUGCUGGAACAUGGCGAGUUCUCCGGCCUGGCUCUACAGAAGCUGGAGAAGCUGGAUAGUUUUCUGCGCGAGGUCAUGCGCGUGUACCCGCUCUCGUGGUCUUCGUUCCAGCGCAAGGUCUACAAGCCAAUCAUACUGUCCAACGGCCAAUUCAUCCCCGCCGGCGCCAUCAUCGAGAUCCCCGGGCACAGCAUAGUCCACGACCCGGAGCGGUUCGAUCGGCCCGACGAGUUUGACGCGUUCCGUCACUCCCGGGCGCGUCAUGCCGAGGGCCUCGACGGCGAGAAGAAAGCGGGCGCUGGCGCCGCCAACCAGGUCGUUUCGACCAGCCUUAACAACUUGCCGUUUGGGUACGGGAAGCUCGCCUGUCCUGGGCGAUUCUUUGCUGUGAACGAGAUCAAGAUGAUUGUAGCACGGGCGAUUUUGGACUACGACAUCCAAUUGACGGACGGGGCGACGGAGAGGUACCCCAACAUCGAAUAUAACGAAGCCAAUAUUCCUGAUCCCACCAAGGACUUAAUGUUCAAGCGGGUCCCCAUCUAAUCUGUGAUGACUUUGAAUCGAUGUUUUUUUCCCAUUUGCGACUAUCUUGGCAUUUCAAUGGACCGGAGUAGCCGGAAUGCGCUGGUCGCUUUGCUUGAAUGUUGGAGUUAUUAGGUCCAAGGCCAAGUCAUUUCAAAUUAUGUACCAUAUCUGUACCUGUACCUUUCUGAGAGAGUCCCUCCGGCCCUUAUUACCCAUGAAAAAUGACAAUUCAUUGCAUCA